AUGAACACAUUAACCCAGUCAACGGCAGAAGACUCAAAAGUGGAAAGGGGUCGCUACACGAGGAUAUGCGUGGAGCUGGAUCUGCAAAAAAGGUUGGUACCCAGAGUAAUGGCUGCGAACAGGCUCUUCCAUGUUGAAUAUGAAGGGCUAAACUUAAUUUGCUUUGCCUGUGGGCGCUACGGGCACAAAAAAGAGAGCUGCUCCUGGAGUUAUGUAGAACCAACGCAAAAUAAUAAACCAUCAUCCUCAUCGGUGCCGGUGCCGGAGAAGAAAAGUCCUGUAGUGGAGGAAGAGUUUGGCGCAUGGAUGAUUGCAAGGGGUAACAGAGCGCGUAACUUGAAGAAGGAAGAGCUGAAAAUAAGCAGAAUUAAUCAAGAAAAAGGACAAAAGUAUAUCAGACAGAGCAGAAGUAGCGGGCUGCAGACGAGCUUUGAGGUACUGGCAAAUAUGGAAGAACAUGAUCUAAUGUCAGAAGAGUUUACUGACGGCGGGAAAGCCAGCUCUGAACCCAUGAUUUCUGGUGACCACAAUCAAACCCCAAAUGGAGAAAGGAGAUCUGGAGCAGGGCAGGGAGCAACUACAAGAGUUGCGAAAAAAAGGGAAAGUAAGAGAGAAGUACAAAAAGAAGCGCCAAGCGUGGGAUUUAAAGGGAAUGAAAAUAGAGGAUCUAAAAUUAAUGGGCAGAAAAAUAUGGGGAAGGCCCAAACCAAUGCUGGGCAAACAGAAAAGAGGCUUGAAGGAGGGAAACAGAAUCAAGCAAAGGGACCACACACGGUGAGGACAAGCGGACAGGCUAUUGUGGCUGAAGAUAAUGGAAAUAUCCAAAACGCCCAACCAAUCACAACUCCUUACUGCAGCCGGAAUGUGUCUGAUGACCCAGAAACAGAAAUAGGGAACUUGGCUGGGAAAACAGAGAUAGAGGGACCCUUUGUGGUGAAUAAAAGGAAUGAAGACCAGAUUGUAGAGGAGCCACCUGAGCCUACGUGGAUAGAUGGAGAAAUUGACGUGCUUUGUCUCCUGGAAACAAGAAUCAGUGGUGAGAGAGCUGAUAAUGUUGUCCGCCAUCUUGGGUUCAAUAAUUGGCUUCGUUUAGAGGCGACGGGUUUUGCUGGUGGCAUCUGGGUUCUGUGGGACGAGAGUCAGUGCACUAUUAAUUAUAUCUGCUCUACAACCCAGUUGAUACAUUGCCAGAUCACCAAUAAGGAUACUGGAGAAGACUUCCUGACUACGUUUGUAUAUGGGGAACCUUCGCGCAUUAGAAGGGCUUCUCUCUGGGCCUCCAUUAAAGAAAUUGCUGAUUCAGUCUCAAAGGCUUAG